GAACGUGUCGAAGAUUUCAACUCCCAAAAUGGCUGUUCUCGACAAACUUCCAGGCCUGGAAUUUUAUUUUGAAGUCAAUGGAGAGAGACUUGAAGAGUAUGAUGACGACGAGGAGGUAGAAAUUAAACCAGGUCCGGUCGGCAAAUAUCAAAGUUCAAGAACAGUGGCUAAAUACAUCGAGGCUGUUACUGGUGCGGCUUUCGGUAUUAAAUGCCAUAUAUCAUCUGGUUUCAAGAUGGAUUCACCAAACCUCUUCAUAAAGGUGUAUGCGGACGGUAAUUAUGCCGAAGGGAAGGUGGCUAAGUACCCUUAUCUAGAAUCUACUCUCACUUUCGACGGACCACUCAUCUUUUAUCCUAUGUCAGGAGGCAGCGCAGAACGGUAUGCGAGGCAACAUUACAGGUUUUCUGAACUUGAUAUAUCAAGUGAUGAAGCUCGGCUCUCGAGCCUUAGCAAAGACAAGGUGAAGGCGGAAAAAGUUGGCACUAUCGAGAUCAAGAUCUGGCGUGGAUCUGAAUCCACACCAUCAAGACCUAGCGAAUAUGAAUAUCGGGCCAUCCCCGGAAAGUUUCAUGAGAAGGCGCUGAAAGGCCAAGCAAAAUCCCACAGUGUUUCAUAUUCACCGGAGACUAUUAUUCCUGCACAGAAUUACGUCCAACUAACAAAACUUGAUGGCGAAGACUAUCCCAUAGCUAUUUACAAGUUUAAGUAUCGGUCCAAAGAAUCUCUCAAGCAAUUAUUGAUUAUUGAGCGAACCCCCGAGCCGGAAGAGAGCCCAACACCAGAUCCUGCGCCAGAUAUCAAUCUUGUUAGUUUGAGCGCUGCUCAAAAGGAGCGCCUCAAGGCAUUUCUACGCAACGAAGGAAUUGCUAUGGGUCGCGCUUCUAAUACCCCCGAGAGAAAAAUCAAGCGUGAGAGGGAUAACGGUGAAGGAAGUUCAAACCAAGAACGAAGAAAGAGAUCCAGAACAACGGAGAUUGUUGAUCUUACUGCAAGUUCUGACGAAGAAGCGUGAUAGUGGAGCCACAUCUACAAGUUUAAAACAACGGGGAUAUCAUUUGCAUUUUAAUCUGGGGCGUUUUCA